GAUGAGAUGGACUUGCUGUACAAAAGACACUAACUUCCAUCUCCGCCUGCGAAUCAGGGGAUUCUUGCUAAGAUGAGAGUGAAACAUCGCAGGAACCUGUUGAUAUUAUUUGGGAUUUGUGCUUUACUUCUGUAUAUCUAUACGGCAUUUUUUCAUGUCAAAACAGAGGAAGAAAGUGAUUACGAAGUUCCUCAAAGAUUAUUUAAGUUUUCCAAAACUGCUGAAAGUCCAGAUAGAGGAACAAAAUAUUUUCAGAGAAAACGUCUCCCUCUAACAACAGUGGGUUUCCACCGUGAUCCGUUGCCUGGAUACGAGAAUUUAUCCUACCGAGAACUUAAAAAUAAUCCCGUGCCAAAUACAAUUCAUUAUGUGUGGUGUCAUAAUAGAACUAUUUCUUUUGAACACUAUCUGUCCAUUUUAAGUGCUUGGAAGUUCAUGAGACCAGAUGCCAUAGAAUUUCAUAGCAUUUAUCAUUUUAAUACAACAGAGAAAAAAUACGAUAUGUGGAUGACGGAACUGAAAAGAACCGUUGCGGGUUUCGCCAUUCAUAAAAUUCCCGAAAACUGGGAUGGGCAAGAAAAUGGUUGUGGGGUGUGGUUUGGAAUAGCCGUACUUGACGACAGAGGGGGCAUAUAUUUCUCCGAGAAUCUCUUGCUAAUGAAAUCAAUCUCAUCCUAUAGGCAGCAUAAUUUUAAGUUAGGACUGAACAAGCAUGCUGAUGAAGUGAGUUUUAUAUUUGCAAAAGAAAAAGACAAAAGACUUCGAGAGUUGGUUAAAAUGAAGCGAAGUCAAGAUUUGUCUCCAAAUAGUUUCAAUGAUACAGUCGUCUGCGAAAUUGUCCCAAAAGGAAAGGUUCUAGAUAUACCGGAGGAUAUCGAAUGUUGCGAGAUAUCCGGUAUACACCCUGUAGAUAUCAUGUAUUCGAAUACCACACUAGCAGCCAGGGCACGGCAAGUAUUUUACGGCGAUUCCGCCAUUAUAAAAGAUACUCCAAAACUUCCGGGAAAAAUACCAAAAAUCGUUCAUCUUGUGUGGUACCGAGAAAAAGAGAUGGAUUUCAUGAUGUAUCUCAGUCUUAGAAGUGUAAUGACUAUACUUAAGCCAGAGAAAGUAUUUAUACACGGUGAUAAUCUUUUACAUGGGAAGUAUUUCGAUAAAUUCAAGAAAGAUCCUAGAUUACAUACAGUAUACAGAGAGGUCCCAGACAUGAUAUUUGGUCACAAAGUUCUUUAUACUCAACAUAAAAGUGACAUAAUUCGAGCCGAUGUCCUGCUUAAAUAUGGAGGUAUCUAUAUGGACUGGGAUGUACUCUGGCUGAAGCCUAUAGACGAUCUAAUCGAUAAAGGUUACGACGCCAUAUUUAACUUUGAUCACAUGACACGUAAUGGCUACCCCGAUGUUAUCAACCUCGGUGUUUUCCUAGCAAAACAACAUUCUCAUUUUGUUAAAUACUGGCAGGACAGUCUUUUGAAUUACCGUUCGGAAGAUUUUUAUCAUAAUGCACUCGAACUUCCAUACAAGACUUACGAGAAGUAUCCUCAAUACGUACAUGUAGAGCGCCAUCUACAGGUCAUGUGCUUCCAUCUGAAGUGUCAUCCCACUUUCAGGAAUCAUUAUCAUGAGUUUGACCGGGAACAGUACUUUGACUGGAAGAAGGAGGCCUACGCUAUUCAUUUUACGCAUCCAGACCCUCCUGAUUACGCCAACGAAUCUGCGCUUAAACAGGGUUACAAUAAGUUUGCACAGAUUGGGCAGCAUAUAUUAAAUCAGAAAUACGAAUAUGACUGAAAAUUAACUUCAACGAAUCAUUCAUAAAAUCAGUCAAACACGUGUAAUAAAACACUUUUCAACA